AUGGCUAAAGUUACAGUCAAGAGCACUUUGCCUCACCAUAACAUUCUUCUCGAGAAGGUCAAUGAUCUUCCCAUUCCUAAUAGCAAUACUAUUGCUAUUGAACAUACAACUAGUCAAUUACCGACAAAGCCUAAGAAAUUCCGAGACCUUGUUGAAGAUAAGGUGUUGUAUAAUAGUUGUAUUCCUUUACUAUAUCUCCAUGCUCUGAGAUUCGAACCACAUACCGAGUUAACCUCCACGGGAGCUCUUUCUUGUUUAUCAGGAGAGAAGACUGGUAGAUCUCCCAUGGAUAAAAGGACUGUGUUAGAUGAUAAUACUCGUGACAAGGUUUGGUGGGACUCGGUGAAUAUUCCAAUUGAACCUGAGGCCUUUAAGUCGGUACGCCGCAGGGCAAUUGACUACAUUAACGGAUGCGAUCGCAUCUAUGUGACUGACGCCUUUGCAGGCUGGGACCCUGACCACCGAGUGAGGGUGCGCGUGGUAAGCGUUAGAGCCUAUCACGCCAUUUUCAUGCACAACCUCCUAAUAGUGCCAACUGCAGAGGAACUCGCAGAUUUCACUCCUGAUUUCACUAUUUACAACGCCGGUCCUCAUCAAGCCGAUACUAACAUCCAAGGAAUAACUAGUGGUACAUCUAUAUGUAUAAAUUAUACAAGUAUGGAGAUGGUGAUACUUGGAACUGAGUAUGCGGGUGAGAUGAAGAAGGGCGUGCUGACAUUAAUGAUGUACUUGUUUCCUCAGAAGGGCUUGUUACCCCUACACUCGUCCUGCAACGUUGAUUCCGAUGGGAAUGUUACUCUGUUCUUUGGUCUGAGCGGGACAGGGAAGACAACUCUGUCUACUGAGCCGGGGCGACAGCUGGUUGGUGACGAUGAACACGUUUGGACUGAUGAGGGAGUGUUUAACGUGGAGGGAGGUUGUUACGCGAAGUGCAAAGACCUCAGCGCUGAACGUGAGCCUGAGAUUUUCGAGGCUAUUCGCUUUGGUUCAGUUCUCGAAAAUGUUGUUCUCGACUCUUCGAAGGUAGUCGACUUUGCUGACGUGAGCGUUACCGAAAACACACGUUGUGCCUACCCGCUCCGUCAUAUUCGCAACGUCUGUUUGCCUGCCCUUGUUCAGAGACACCCUAACAACAUCAUUUUCCUCACAUGUGACGCCUUUGGCGCUCUUCCUCCCGUAAGUCUCCUGAACGUUCACCAGGCCAUUUACCACUUUGUUUCAGGCUAUACAACGAAGAUGGUUGGCACUGAAAUUGGCGUCACAAAACCAACUGCGACCUUUUCAGCCUGCUAUGCAGGUCCUUUUCUCGCCCUUUCUCCACUAACUUACGCCAAUCUCCUGUACCAAAAGUUGAUUUCCACUGACUCCAGUACUGAGAAGGGUGGUGUUAGAGUUUGGCUUCUGAAUACAGGUUGGAUUGGAGGCAGUUCCGAUUCUUCAAAAGGAAUGAGAAUCCCACUAAGAUACUCGAGGCGGAUUGUGGACGCGAUUAAUAGGGGUGAGAUUAACGAAUCCGAGGACUCCUUUGAGCGUUUUCCAUACUUUGGAUUUCUGGUUCCAAGGGAGGUUAACGGAGUACCUAAGGAGGUUCUACGUCAGGAACUCAGUUGGGAUGACCCUCAGGAACACCUAAACCAGGUUAAACUUGUGGCUAAAAAGUUCAUCAAAAACUUUAACCAAUAUAGGGUUGAGGCUACUGAUGUUAUUCUUAAAGGUGAACCAGUAAUUGAUGUAACUGAUUAA